AUGUGUCGCCAAAACCCACACAAAGUCCAAAUCCCAAUCUCAAUAACUCCACCCAAACAGCGCCAAGUCCAAUCCCCCAAAACCUCUUCUCUCAGAGAUUCCAAUUCCAUCCAACUCUCGCCAACCGAAAAAACCAACCUCCUUUUCUCCUCCUCUGAAAUAACAGCAGCUACCAACGCCUUCCAAUCUCCAAAACUCGGCAAUUCCUCGGCGUGGAAAUGCACCCUCCGCGGCAAAACCGUCGUGGUCUCUCAACGCCCCUUCCCAAACUCCACCCCCGACGCCGCCCAAUUCCGCGCCCACCUCGCCGAUCUCUGCAAGGUGCGCCACGCCGGUAUCGUGGGACUAAUCGGCGCUUACGCGUGCGGGUCCCACAUGUACCUCGUCCACGACUUCCAGAGGGGUGCCGAUCUCGCCCACUGCCUCCGUAGCCGAAAUCUUAUCGGGCACACGGUCCUCUCCAAAUGGAUACAUCGGAUCCGUAUCGGGUCUGAUAUCGCCAAGGCGCUCGAGUACUUGCACCACGAUAUCCCGAUACGUUACGUGCACAAGCACGUGAAGUCCUCGGGCAUCAUCGUGAGCGAGCCCGAUUUCCGCGCCAAGCUCGUGCACUUUGGGUCGCACAUGCUCACGUGCGAGCGACACGUGUCGGGACAGGCCGAGACGAGGAGGUCGGGCAGCGUAAAGAUCAGUGGGACCCAUGGGUACAUGGCUCCCGAGUACGUGACGGGCGGGGCUAUUACACCGAAGCUCGAUGUAUAUGCUUUUGGGGUUGUGCUUUUGGAGCUGUUGACGGGCGAAGAGGCCGUACGAUACGUGUAUGAAGAGAAGGAGACCGUGUAUCGGAAGAUCUCGUUGGUGGAGGGGUUGGGCCAUGUGAAUAGGGGUUUGAGAAAUUGGGUUGAUGGGAGGAUGAUGGAUUCCUAUCCAUUGGAUUGUGUAGAAAGGGUGGUUGAGAUUGCUCGGGUUUGUGUAGACUCGGACCCGGAAAAGAGGCCGAUUAUGAGGUGGGUCUCGAAUGAGCUGUCCAGGGUCUUGAUCAUGUCUGAGAAGUGGGAGGAGGAUAUGAGAGGGAAUGAUGGGAUUACUAUUUCAUUGGUGGUUAGAUGA